AUGAAGGACGGAGAAGAGACGAACGAGGAAUAUUUGGAUGCGAUGAACGUGACUGGUAGGAAGAUUGUUUCGGAGGAUGAAGGCGACGAGGAUUUUGAUUUGGACGCGGCGUUUAACGAGAAGUUUUCAAAGUCGAAGGAGCGCGACGAAGAGCAACCGCUUCCGGAAGGGACCAUUCGCGUUAAAGCUAAGACUUCGUCCACGACUUCGUCUUCAUCGUUGAGAUCUUCUCCCACGGAAAAGAAAAUGAAUAGAAAUGGUCGAGCGGAGAAAGAUGAUUUAGCGUUUGAUCCUUUAGCUGGCUCCGUGGACGUAUCUAUGGAUGAUUUUUCGUACGAUCCGGAACAGCAACAACAGAUGCUCUUGCAAAAGCAAAAAGACAAAGAAGAGCGAGAGCGAAAAGAAGAAGAGGCGAACAAAAAGAAGAGAAUGGCAACCGAUGGGACGGUCAUUCGUCGCGUGUCGAAAGUAGCUGCGAUGCCGUUGAGAAAUAAAGUGCCACCGACGAGACAAUCGUUUGCAAUCAACGCGGCAAACGAAGAGGCGUUGAAAGCGGUGAAGCAAAAGUUUUCGCUCAGAAAUCUCGUCAGUAAGAAGAACGAUGAUAAUAAACAGAAUUAUACCGCUGAUUCGAGUGCGAAGCCGAUUCGAGUAGGGACAGUCAUACGGAAAAUCUCAAAACCGGCGCGUCUAAAUGAUGAUGAAAAGGAGAACAACGCGCAAAAAGCGCUCGCGCUCAUCACGUCGCAAGCCCUGGCAGCUUUGUCGUUUCGCGAGCAACUUCUAAAAACGCUGAAGGACAGCACUCUGGGAGACGCUCUUGCGGUCUUCGAUGCGCUCUGGCAAAGCUUUUGGAUCCAAUGGCGUUCCCGGCUCGAGAAUACGGCGAAAUGGGUUCUCUUUGCGUCCACGGCGCUCACGGCGAUGUGUCAUUACGUCAUCGGCCCUGGAAUGAUUGGCCCGAGAUUACCGCAAAUUGGAGAGUUAGCAUCAUCCGUUGUUGGUCGUCCAGUGCGCGUAGGCAGAUGCAAACUCUUUUCGUUUCCUGGCAUUUUAGGUUUUGGACCGGUUUUAGAAGUUGGGCCCUUAGUCGUGGGCGCGGAAACGACUGGAGGCGAAAAAUCAAUCGUCGAAGUCGACACCGCGAAAAUUUCAUACGAUUUAGUGCGCUCCAUCACUCGGAGGAAAAUAGUUGCGGAAAUUCGGUUGGAUGGCGUCAAAGCGACUUUGAAGCAAGGCGUCAAUCAGUCUUGGUUUGGGUACCCGGAAGAUUUACCCACUUUUCAAGCGAAUUUGCCCUCGGCGCGACCGUCGUUUAAUUUAGAUGCCGUGAAAAAAGCGAGCGCGGAGGCGACGAAUGCAAUCAGUGAAAAUAAAACAGCGAGUGGUCCAAGCUUUGAAGUGCGCGUGAUUAAGCUCGAACGUGGCGUUGCGGCUUUGCACAUGGCUGGAGAUUCUCAACCGAGGAACGUGAAGAACCUUUCGGCGACUAUGAAAAUAUCGCCGAAAGGUGAGCUCGAUCUAGACGCAAAGUUCAAUCCAAUUUCUCGAGUGACGCCUCCAGAACAGAGACAAAACACGUUCAUCGCGAAUUUUGCGGCCCGAAAUCUUCGAGGUCACAACUCUGACGCCGAAGAACGAAGUUUGAAAUAUGAAAAGAGUCGUACCGAUAACGGCGGCUUGCUUAAAGUGAACGUGCAGUAUAAAAAUCCCGAGAAGAAUCAGAAACCAAUGGGUGAAGACGAUAUAGCCAUGCCAGAUUUGAAAGUUAAAGUGAACGCUUCCAACACUUCUGCGGCGUUUGUUGACCGAUGCAUCCCGGGUUUACCGAUCGAUAUGCACGCUGGGCGCUUGGACGGCGAGAUUAACAUCUUGGCGAAAGACCAAUCGACGUGGCUUUUCCCAGAGUUUUCCGGCGAGUUGAGAGGGAAGCACUUGCGUUUCCACUUUUACGACGCCACGGAUGACUUCGCGGACACGGAGUUAGAUUUAGUUUUCCAGAAAAGACGCAUGUACAUUCACAACGGGAGAGGUCACUACGGUCACGUUCCAAUUACAGUCACGGGCGAUUUGGAUUUGAACCCGCUUCCGGUGAAAAGUUUACUUUUAGGUCCGGACGCGAAAGUUCACGCGCCGAGAGGAGAAUAUCGCCUUUCCGGUCAAAUCGCACCAAUAGAGGCACACGCUUUGCGAGAAACACUAGGUGUCCGUCCUCCACCGAGACCGCUCGCGGGCGCCUUGAAAGGAUUCUUGUACGUUUCUGGCCCUUUGGAAGCGCCUGUCUUCACCGGGCAAGCGGAAACGACAGAUUUUUUACCAGAAGAGAACGCGAAAGAUUUCAGCGCUACGAUGGAAGAGGAGAAAGCCUGGUCGUAUCGCGCGGUGAAGAAGUACGAAAAGGAAGGCGCCGUUGCAGCUUACGAUCGUGUUCCCAUUCGGAACGUGAAAGCGACAUGGACGGUGGAACCAAAGAAGGAUAUUUUCGUCUUGCAUUCGGCAGAAGGUCAGUUGGUUGCGGGCGGCAAAGUGCGUGCGAGCGGAUCGAUCAAGAUAAAUCCGGACGCGUUGCAUGACCCAGCCGCGAUUAACGUGGAAGCAACGGCAACAGACGUUGAUCCGAGAGCAUUAUCGAGACAAGUAGCAACAACAGGAUUCGAUAAUAGCAUUAGUAACGCGAAUGGGAGUGGGGACGAAAACUCGCCAUCGACUAGUAAUAGCACCACUGACGCAGAAAAUGAAAUCGGCGCUUGGAUUGACCGCGUGUGUCCUCCUGGCUACGCGGAUGCUACGGCGACCAUCGAAGGCGCACAUUCCGGUCCCAAGGUUAACGUUGACUGGAACAUAGAUCACGACGCCGAUGUGGGCGGUAGAGUAACAAUAGAACGGAAAGGUAUCACCGCAAAGCUGAAAACACCUUCAAUUGAAAUCGAUGCAGACGUAAAGACGGAAUUUCCUCCCUUAGAAAAAGCGUUAGCUGCUGUAACCGUGGAAGAUGCGAUUGAAGCUGGGAAGCCUGCAUACACGGCCGCUGAAGUUGAUGGACGAGCGAACGGGUUUGAUUUGUUUGAUUUAGAAGAUGGUCGGGAAGAAGGUGGCGAAGCUGUUUCGGAAAAGUUGCGAUACGUUCGAGAUCCCGACCGCGUUCGAUUGCGAGUAACCGGGCGCGCGCGCGUGAAAGGUAAAUUUUCAACUCCAACGGCAUCCGUCGCCGGUGCUGAGAACUCCGAUGGCGUCGCUGCAACGGAUGAUAAAGGUAGCGAAAUCGCCGCGAGUGACGAAGAGAAGAAACAAAGUAGCGCCUUCCCGACGUUUGAAGGUACCGCGCAGUUGGAUAACUUGAAACUGAACAAACUCGAGCUUGCUCCGAAAUUGACCGGCAAAGUUUUCGCCUCGGCCACUGAUGGUUUAUCGCUCUCGGCGAAAGGCAGAUCAGACGAGUCCUUGUCGGCGGAAAUAUCUGCCGACGGUAAAGCAUCUGCGGCAUUACGUCGCGGCGCUUUACGAGCGGGCGUUGAGUUUGGUGAUUUUGCAGGCGCAUUCGAACUCGCUGGCUUGAAAUUGGACGACUUGGAACUCGGAUCUUUGAGAGGUCGCGUGGACGUCGCGUCUGCGCGAUUAGAUUUACGAGAAAAAGUUGGCGAAGGGGUUUUACGCGUCGAAAAGCCACGUCUGAGUGGUUUCACCGGCGAUUUAGCAGAAGGCGAGGUUUCUUGGAGCGGUAAAACGGUAAAACUUCACUCGGCAACUCUCGAGCAAGCGCGUUCGAGGUACGAAGCUGAUGGCGAGUACAUGUUACCGGACGCCGUGUGGUCCAAAUUGCCAGAAUCUAGAGUCGAGAGACAAAAACGAACAAUGUCGGAAGGCGAUGCCUCGCUAUUGUCUGACCUUAUUGAUGUCGAUUUAGUCGCGGAAGCAGGUAAAGAAGAAGAUGCCGUAACGGAGCCAGCGUUAGCGGUGACGUCGUCAGAGAAUGAAACUUCUUCAGUCGUCGCCGCCGCCGCGGCGGAUGCGAUGAAGGAAACCAAAAAUAACGACAACAACAACAAUAGCAACAAUAAAGGUUUAUUUUCCGGAUUCUUCUCUGACAUGAAAAAGCACCCGGCGGCAAACUUAAUCAAGGAACAGCAAACACUUUCAUCUCCAUCGACUCAGGGUGACGACGAGAUCAACAAAGGCGAGGAAGUUCGAACGAAAACACCGGAAGAGUUGGAAGAGGAAGCUCGCAUCGUGCGCAUGGAACAACUCGAAAUGCAAGAGCAGAUUGACGAAGACGCAGACGAAGACGACGCCUUUGACCGAGAACAAUGCCAACAACACGAUAAAGCGACGAAAGCAACGCCAACAACGUCAUCGAUGAUCUCGAGCGAAUACACGGACAACGGGUCCGUGAAACCGUACAUCUCUCCUUUUGAAGAACGUAACGUGGAAACUCCGUUUGGCUCUAUCGCGUCGGCGUCCACCUCACAACCGUUGUCCUACGAACGCGACGCGUGGUUCCAAGAAAAGAUGAACGACACGCCGUCAACGGAAACCCAAGCCGUGAAGAAAGAUCGCUUCUCGAACGUGUUUAAACAGUUUAAACCACGAAACCGCCGAAACGGAGAUGCUGAUGGACGGAAUCGCACGAGUGGAGCGCCAAAUUUCAACAAACCAGGUGCGCCUUCGUUACAGAAGCUUCCGCCCAUGAACCCCGAGGAAGCGCCAAAAGCAGAAGGCGAGUGGCGUUUCCGACUUGCGGUGCCGUCUGCAGACGUUGAAGAAAUGCUCCCCGCUGUUCGCCUCUUUGCGAGUUUACGCGAAGAGUCGACGCCGCAGGAGUACGGUAGAGCCAAGGAGGCGUUCGUGAAUGCGAUUUCUCAAGCAUCGGUGAUAUCGCAAGACAUAUCUCGAGACGUUUUCGAACAGUUGAUGGAAUCGAGAGAGAAAAAAAUGACCUCCAACGCAGUCGAUAAGAAAAAACAGCGACAGAAUAACAACAAAAAGAAGCGAAAGUCUAAACUGCAGCGUCAUCGAAGAACGACGGAGUUCAUCGACGUCGACGACAUCGACGACGAUUUAGCGGAUACAGAGAAGAAGGCGGUGCAAUUGCCCGGGUUACAAGAUUUGAAAGGUGAAUGGCGUGGAGUCGUGCAAGCGUCGGGAAAUUCAAUCAAGAAGACAAGCGUCCCAACUGCACUCCUCGAUGAAGAAGACGCCGGUAAAGACGAACAGGCUGCAGCGAAUGGCGACUUUUUCAAAGAUUCCUCGAGAGCGUUUAACACCGCUUUGAGUAACUUAGAAAGUUCACAUCCGACGUCCGUUCAAUUCGACGUGUCGGGUGAAAACCUUCUCUGGGGGCCACACGUUGUUCGAAAAGCUGAGGCGUUAGGUUCCGCGAACGAGAAAGACGGCAUGAAGCUCGAACGCCUUGAAAUCACCUCCGACGCUGCAUCCUUGUCCGCGCAAGGCGCCGUCGGCGGCGAGGUGCAAGACGCCAACUUUAGUCUGCGAGACUUACCGAUUGGUUUUCUUACCGAGGUUUUUCGACCUUUAUGGCCAUCUGCGCUACCUCGAAUCGACGGGAACUUGUUAGUGCAAGGGCACUUGGGAGGUUCCGUGGAAGAACCGACUGGGGACGUCCUCGUUCGACUUCGCGAUGGUAAGAUUGGAUCCACGAAGCUCUCCGCGGUGGAAGCGAGAGCGUUGUUGAACGACCAACAACGCGUUGAAUUUGAUUUUGAAGCGUCGCCGAUGACGAGUGCUUCUGAUGGCGGUUCGAGUGGUAUCGUUCGCGCGUCUGGUAUCGUACCAUUACCAGAAGCUGACGAUCAGUCUUUAGCCGUGGAUGCGAAAGUUCGAGACGCCGGGAUGUGCAUUCUGUGCGCCGCCGCUUCCGGUGGUACCGAUAACGUCGAAUGGCAAAGCGGGAACGCGGACAUCGCGUUACACGCUCGAGGUACAUCUGAAAACCCAGUGUUCGAUGGAGUUGCUGAAAUAAGACGCGCGAAAAUUGUCUCUCCGUUCCUGGCGAAACCUUUUGCGCCGACGAACGCUACGAUUCGAAUUCAACGAAACACGCUGUACGCAGACGAUAUCGAAGGGAGAUGCGGUAAAGGUUUCGUAAAAAUUAAAGGCGCAAUCCCAGUUAUUCAAAGGCGAAAGUCACGAGGCGGAGAUACAUGGGAUAAUUUAGUCGCUCGAGCGGAUACGCAAGCUGGAUUGAAAGUUGAUAUUCAAGGAUUGGACGUGCGCGCGAGAAACGCGUACAACGGUCAAGUCAAUGCCGGUCUCGUUUUGAAGGGAACAAUCAGCGCACCUGAAGUCGGAGGUUCCAUACAACUUUCAAAAGGCCAAGUCACCGCAACGCCUGGUCAGCCGGAAGACGCCGCAAUUUCAGGAGCCGAAAAUGGGAAAAAAGAUGUCGACAUUCCAGGCGCAAACAGAGGCAAGGAUGAUUUGCUUUCGCGUAUCGAUCGCGAAGGCAAACAAUCGACAGAUUUGGCGAGCGUUUUGCAACGCGCGGCUAUUGCGAAUGACCCAGAAGCUUGGGCAGCUUUAGAGAAAGCGCGGUUACGUCGGGAACGUAACUUGGACAAGCUCUCGGAUGUUCGCUUUCGCGGUUUAAAAGUCCAAAUCGGUCCGGAAAUGUCCAUCGUGUAUCCGUUCGUUUUGAACUUUGGCGUCAGCGGCGAAGUGACCAUCGAUGGUGCAGCCGACGCGAAGCGUUUACGCCCAUCUGGCGUGAUUAAUUUUGAUAGAGGCGACGUGAACUUGGUCGCUGCGCAAGUCCGUUUGAACCGAGAACACCCGAACCGCGCAGUUUUUAUCCCAGAAAACGGUCUCGAUCCAAUGGUGGACGUCUCCUUACUCGGCGCCGAUGUCCGAGCUUUGAUUCAAGGCCAAGCUUCAGAGUGGUCGAAAAAUCUCGUCUUAUCUUCAGCGACGGAAUCUGCGUCUGGUUCGGGUGGCGAAGGCGGCGGUUUAGCCAGUCUCUCGAGUUUAUCUCCCGAAGAAGCGGCGAGGAUUUUCGAAGGACAGCUCUCGCAAUCGUUGUUAGAACGCGAUGGACGAAUCGCGUUUUCCUCCUUAGCCUCGUCGACAUUAGCGUCGUUGAUGCCUAAAAUCGAAGCCGGUGGGAACGUCGGUAACGCGCGAUGGCGCGUGACGGCCGCACCUUCCCUCCCUGGUCUCUUGUCGCUAGAUCCUGGCAUGGACCCGUUCGCAACUGGUGCGCAGUUUACUCUCGGUUCCGAGGCUGAAAUCGCGUUUGGUGACUCUUUGCAAGCGUCCAUGUCUCGAACGUUAGCAGCGGAUGAAACGCAAACCGAAACCCAAUUUUCGCUCAUGUAUAAGCUGACUAAAAAGUUGCGCAUGCAACUCGUCUCAGUGUCCAGCGCGGCCACUAGGCUUUUGUUCGAGUAUACAAACCGGGACUAA